AGUAUUCUGAUCGACUGUCACGUCAAGCCCGCCCGGCAAAACCCCACUCUUCCCCCCUUACAGUACCCUACCCCAGACCAGAACAGACCAGACCAGGACAACUACUGUCCGAGGGUGCCAAUUGUACAAGAUGCCUCUGGAGGAACAGAGGCCGGUACCGCCAGUGCCUCUUACAGAAAGUCCGAAUAGCGUCAUGACUGAGCGAUCGGAGAGUCCCAAUCAGCAGGAAGAAGCAUCUCCAACCACGGACCGUCAUCAACGACAGUUCAUAAUCAUCCCCGAAGAGCAUCAGCGCAAGGCACCAAGUAACCUCAACCUCCACCCAUACACGCGCCCACUCACCAUCUCGGACCUUGAGUCCUGUGUUGUUCUCGAGAAUGCCGCCUUCACUAAUCCAGAAGAACGUGCCACGAGAGAAAAGUUCAGAUACCGUCUUUCGAGAUGUGGUGAACUCUGUCUCGGCAUCUUCUGCACUGUUGUGCCUGGCUCCGGAAUCAACGCAGAAACACUUGCAACCGGCAAGCCGGUAGAGACCAGUCGACACAAUGGGGCAAUUAGCGUCUUACUCGGCCAUGUCGUUGCUGCCAAAACGAAUGACCUCAUAGCCUCUGACGAGUCUAUGGGUGUGCCCGAAGACUGGGAUUCCCCACAUCCAAAGCCUUCCAAUCUUGGCCAUCAGGAAGCUGGACGGACGAUUGUUAUUCAUUCUGUCGCUAUAUUGCCGGCUUUUCAGGGACGGGGUCUGGGGAGAGUUUUAGUGAUGGCGUAUAUGCAGCAGAUGAACGGAGCUGGCAUUGCUGAUAGGUUGGCGUUGAUUGCUCAUGAUCCUAAGGUGGCUUGGUAUGAGAAGCUUGGUUUUAGCAAUAAGGGAAAGGGUAAGGCUCAAUUUGGUGGUGGUGGCUGGUACGAUCUGGUCUUCGAGUUGAAAGCGUUGGAGCCAAGGGCAGCCUAUGGCUAGAGGGGGUAAACUUCUUUGCUGCAUUCUAUUUGUGAUACCCACACUUCGGCUUUGACUCUAAUUGCAGCAGCAUGCAUA